AUGAAGCUUCCAGUGGCGAUUCUCGCAGUUCUUGCAUCGAUAGCUGUCACUAUUGACGCCACCGUCUACUUCCAGGAACAGUUUGUGGAUGGAGGUCCAAUUUGGGAUUUGGCCGAUCCCGAAUGCAAAGGCUAUCUGGACAAACAGGGGUUUUAUGUAGCUCUGCGGCUGGUGGCCUGUGCUCAGUGUGGUCAGGAAGUCUGUCUUUCCAGCCUCAGCCUCACAAUCCCUCCCCCCAAGUUUAAGGACACCAGCAGUCCAUCUCUUAACAGCACAGCUUCUGCCUCCAGUGAAUUACACUGGGCUGUCAGGCCCGAGGAGAAGAAUACAUUUGAUGGGAUUUUUGAGAGUUUGGCCCCAGUCAAUGGCCUGCUGUCAGGAGACAAGGUCAAACCAGUCCUAAUCAACUCCAAGCUACCUCUGGAUGUCCUUGGGAAGGUUUGGGACCUGAGUGACAUAGAUAAAGAUGGCCAUCUGGACAAAGAUGAAUUUGCAGUGGCCAUGCACCUGGUGUACCGGGCCCUGGAGAAGGAGCCUGUUCCUGCUCUCCUCCCUUCUGCCCUCAUCCCUCCGUCUAAGAGGAAGAAGAGUCUGGGCUCAGUGGCUGGCUCUGUUCCUGGACUACCCUCCAGCCCUCCGCCACCAAAAGACUCGUUACGCUCCACACCCUCCCACGGCAGCAUGAACUCACUCAACAGCACUGGCAGCCUAUCGCCCAAACACACACUCAAGUCUGGACAGCAUUCAUUGAACUGGGUGGUCCCAGUGUCAGACCGUGGUCGCUAUGACGACAUCUUUUUGAAGACUGAUGCUGAUCUGGACGGUUUUGUCAGCGGACAUGAAGUAAAGGAGAUCUUCAUGCACUCUGGACUUUCUCAGAACAUCCUAGCCCAUAUAUGGGCUCUGGCAGACACAAGGCAGAUAGGCAAGUUGACCAGGGAGCAGUUUGCCCUCGCCAUGUAUCUCAUCCAGCAGAAAGUCAGCAAAGGCAUCGACCCUCCACAGGCCCUGACUACUGACAUGAUCCCCCCCUCAGAGAGAGGCACCCCUGUACCAAGUAUGUCAGGAUACAUGACCCCAGUGGGAUCAGAGAUGGCUGCUCUUUCUGAGAUGAGACGGGCUAUAAUGUUGAAGUUGUGGGACAGCUCUAGUUCAGUGGGUUCAGGGGAGUUCACUGGCAUCAAGGAGUUGGAUGACAUCAGCCAGGAAAUAGCCCAGUUGCAGAGCACUCUUGCCUUUACCCAAUGGAAUACUCUCAGGGAGAAAUACAGUCUGGAGCAGGACAUCAGGGAGACGGAGGAGGCCAUCAGACACAAGAGUGCAGAGGUGCAGGAGAUGCAGAAUGACCUCGACAGAGAAACAGCCAGCCUGCAAGAGCUGGAGGCUCAGAAGCAAGAUGCCCAGGACCGCCUGGAGGAGAUGGACCAGCAGAAACAUAAAUUAGAGGACAUGCUGAAUGAAGUCCGGAUGAAGUGCCAGGAAGAGUCUCAGAUGAUCUCAACACUCCAAAGUCAGAUCCACUCCCAGGAAUCAGAUUUGCAGAGCCAGGAGGAAGAGCUGAGCCGGGCAAAGGCCGACCUGGGCCGGCUGCAGCAAGAGGAGAACCAGCUGGAGCAGAGCCUGGCUGCUGGCAAGAUCCAACUGGAGACCAUCAUCAAGUCUCUGAAGGCCACGCAGGAUGAGAUCAACCAGGCUCGUAGCAAGUUGUCCCAGAUUCAGGACAGCCAACAAGAAGUGUCUAAAAGUAUUGAGCAGUAUAACAGCACCUUGAACGGAACCCAUGGAGGCAGUAUGACCAACCUGGCCGAUAUGAGUGAAGGCUUCAGUGACAGAGAGAACGGAGGAUUCCCAUCCAUGGAGGAUCCAUUCAAAGGGAAGCCACCUGUGUUCAACAGCCAGCCUCAGGAGCUUCACACAGAUCCCUUCCACUCUGAAGACCCCUUCAAAACAGACCCGUUCAAAGGUGACCCUUUCCAAAAUGACCCUUUUGCAAAGCAGCCAUCGACAUCAACAGAUCCUUUUGGAGGAGACCCAUUCAAAGAGACUGAUCCAUUCAAGGCUUCGUCAGAAGAUUUCUUUAAGAAGACCACAAAGAUGGAUCCCUUCUCCACACCAGACCCCUUCAGUAAAAGUGCCACAUUACCUUCCAAGCAAACCAGUCACUUCACAAGCAAUGACCCAUUCUCUUCAAACCACCCAAAACCAAAAGGCCCAGACCUGUUUGGCACAUUGGACCCGUUUGGCAGCAGUUCGUUCAACAGCAGCAGUAACAGCUCUGCUGGAUUUGCAGACUUCAGUCUCAUGUCGAAGCCCAAAGACCCUUUUGAAGGGAGGGCCAGCUGGCUGCCAGACUACCAGAAGUCAGUGUUUGUGGACGACCCAUUCAGCAGGAAGAAUGACACGCCAGCUCUUCCUCUGAAGAAAAGUGUUCCCCCAAGGCCCAAACCACCCAGUGGUAAGAGUACACCAGUGAGCAUGUCUGGCACAGCUGACCCUUCCAAACCAUGUGACCCCUUCCAGCCAUUUGGUGGCGACGGCAGCGACCCGUUUCAGAGUAAAAAGGGCCUUGCAGAUCCAUUCAGCGGCAAAGACCCUUUUGCUCCAUCCUCGGCAUCAAGACCUGACAAAGUCAAGUUUGGGAAUGAGGCUCAGCAGUUGGAGUGGGCGAAGCGAGAGAGUGAGCGAGCAGAGCGCGAGCGGCUGAAGAGGCUCAGACAGCAGGAGCAGGAAGACCUUGAACUGGCCAUUGCCCUCAGCAAGGCCGAGAUGUCCAAUGCAUGACCAAGAAAACCCUCCACACACACACACACACACACACACACACACACACACACACACACACACACACACACACACACAUUGUAGACAGGCCAACAUGCAGAAAGCACAUCAUUGGUAUAACUCAAGUGUUCAUACAAACUCUGGUAUACACACACAAUCACACAAACGGGUCCUGAACCUCCACUAUUUACAUUCACCUAACCCUAACAUAGAUCUUCAAGACAAGUCUGAUCGCUGACCCUACAUUUAAAAACCAAGACACCAAAACUGAGGGCCGAGAACUCAUUACUGCACCACUGUCCUGCUGACGUGAUGAGACGGAGAAUUGAAGGAUGAAGGGAUGAAGAAAGAGAGGAAGAGACAGGUUGGGCCUGUUGGAAACAUUCCAUUGGUCUGGAUCCAUUUGUUGAGCUGAGCUGACAGAACACCUCUAUAGUUUGUAUUUCAGCGUGUUGUUUUUCUUCUUCAGCUUCACUCACAGUGUGGGGCAAUGGUUAAUACCGGCAUGCUAAGAAAGCUGUUGCUAUCAGUAGCAACAAGCAGCUGUGAAGAAAAUAACACUACAAUUCAAACUGCCAUGGUAUUUCUUCAAUGGGAAUUUCUCCUGAUAUAUAGGGAAGACAUGGUUAUAUCAUACACUACUGAUGGUAUAAACUGUCUAUAAGUGUUUAGUGUUAAGUUGAUUUGCUGGUAAGAAAAUGCUACAGAAUGAGGUGUUGUGUACGUAUUUGUUUAUCGAGAGGCAUAUAGAGAAGACUGGAUGUAACGCAAGCAUUGAUCAUUUUCAAUUCACAAUUUUCUCAAAAAGAAUUCUCAGGAAAUUGUCACAAACCCAGACUCAGUUAAUAAAUGAAAAGGUCGAUAUUAGUUGAGUUUUUUCACUUCUAAAAGUUUCCCUCUGCUUUUUUCUAAAAUAAGCUCAGCUCUGUACUGGACGUACAGAAAUGAAAUUGAUAUUGAUCUUCUCGGCUUGAGUUGAAGCAUAUUUCUCCAAAUAUCCUUUUAAUGUUAUACCAAACCAGAGUCUACCAUGAGAUUAGAGACUUUCACCUAAAGUCCAGACAAGGUUGUAUUAUCAAUCAGGCAAAGCAGGCAACCCCCUCAGGGCCGAAGGCUCCAGGUUCACUGUGAGGCACUUAGUUUGGGUUCAUUUAUUUAAUUGCAGAUUUGUUAAGGAAUAUGCUACGCAUCACUGAAGCACACAUAUAAACUGACAUGGUAAGGACCUCACAGCACUACUUGCAUUAUUACCUAUUCAUGAGGUAAUGUGCUGUAGAGGGGCCCAGGUUAAAAUAAAUACUGUGAAUUAGCCCCCAUGUCUGUCAAACUCCACAUCCCUGGUUUGUAACUCAGGCUUUCUGUCCAAGCUGAGACGACAUCAAUGAUGUCAUUAUGACAUAAUCAGGGUUAUUUUCUAUCAGACUUGAGAAGACAAUAUACAACUUCUUACAGGCUGAGUAAUACUGACCAUGAUGUGUAAGCGGCUCUUUAUGUGUGAAAUAGGUGGUGUGUUAGGCCUUUAUUAUUUGUUCAUAUUGUGUUUACAUAUUCCUAAAUGCUGUGCUUAAUCAAAUGACCACAAAGUCAUAUUAACUACUAAUCCUACAUAAUGCACACAUGUUUGUUUCUUUUAGGAGAGACACUCUCCUUCUCCGGCUCAGAGACUCCUCCUAUGUAAAAAAAAAAAAGACAACUUUUAACCAACAUUACUCAAAUAUGUUUCACUCAUACUCUUGUCACAUUAUGUGAGGAAAGAAAAAGCAACUGCGUAAAAAAAGAAAAAAAAACCUGAUAAAAAUCAAUUAUAUUGUUUCCCUAAUGUGACAAAUAAAAACAACUUUCAAUGUCAAAAAUAUCCUUUGAGUGACCGCAACAAAUUGUACAGCUAUAUUUUCUUUGUCCAUGAGUGUGAGAUUGUACUGUGAUACUGCAGUACUCUCCCUCUGUCCAGUGUAUAUAGAGAAACAGAGCUAACUAUGCCUCUCCUCGAGAGCUGUAGUCUGAUCCCGAUGCUGUGAUGUCACUCCACUUUCAACAAAAGGCAAGAUGAGGGAAGUUUUCUAUGUUAGACCUUGUUUUCUUUUUAUAGAAUGAGAAUUUUAGAAAAUUAGAGUUUUCAUGAGCUGGUUAUUUUGACACGUUUUUGUUUUAAAAGAACAUCUUAAUUAAUAUGGUUGUUUUGUGUUAUACUUUGUAGUUAUAGUCACUCCACUGCUUGAGUGUUCUGAGAGGUUUGUAUCAGGUGUCAUUAUGCUGGGAAUUGGAAAUAUUUGAAAAAGUGCUAUUUCUGAUGUGUCAUCGUUUGAUGUUCCAACGUGGACUGAACCACUCACCUUGCUUUUCUAUGAGUUGUCCCUUUUACUUGAAGUGGUGAGUGAUGUUUGAGUGGCAGACUCCAGUUUAAUGUCAUCUGCACUUCAAAGCAGAAGUUAUUUUCUGUUUUACUCAGCACCCCUCUGUUGUAGUUUCAAAUAUCAUGUUGUGUUUUAUAUGUGCGAGUCUCUAUUCUGUCUGUGUCCAUGUCCAAUCAUAUGUUUCAGUCGGUGUUUUGCCACGUGCAUGUCCUGCAGUCAGAUAUUGCUCAGAGCACAUGUUCUCCAACACAUUACUUUUAGAGAUAACAUGGAGUUUCUCAUUUUCAUGAACACAACUUUGUAAUCAUGAGGGAAAAGCCUGUUGACAUUGUUAGUGUUCAUUAUUGAGCCCAGUUGUAACCACAAGUAGUACUCUCUCGUCAUAUUGUAAUACAGUGCUAAAUGUCUUCUGAUGGAACUCAAACAUUUCAAUCAGUUUGAUGUUUAUUACAUUUGUUAAGAGGAAAGUAAGAAUUUUGAAAAUAUAAAUUCUCCUAAACAACUUCUAAGGUGGAAAGGAACAAACACAUGAUUUUGUUCAAUCCAAGAUGGCUCAGGAUUUCUUCUCCGUUUUAGAGAUUUCAUCACACAGGAUUAUGAUUGAUUUUACAAUGUUUGUGUUGACAUCAGACCUUUCUGUUGCAGUUUUUCGUAGUUUACACCAGCCUAAUUUAUUUUAUUUUGCCCAAUAUUAGAGUGAUUUUAUAUUUUCAACAUUCUUCCCAUAACAAAUUUUAUGAAUGCCUAAUUUACCGAAAUGUCUAGAUUCUGUCUGAUACCCAUCAAGGACUGUGACACGUAAAAUGAUUGUCCUUAGGGCUGCUAACAAGCUGUAUUUGAGAUGGAACUCCAGGACAAACAUAAUUAUUUUGAAUCCAAUAUUUGGAAAAACGCAUUGUGAUGAAAGAUUAUUUGUAACUGCUAAGAUGGUGUAUACACUUUGUCUUGGUGUUGGGUCAUAGCAGCCUCUGAAGAAGGCUUUUUUGCACUCACAAGAUGACCUCACGUUAUUUAGUGUUACAUUUGCUUUUCCAGUCACCACAUUGAACAAGAUGGGUGCAAUUAGGAGGUUAAUAGCAUGACUGAAAUAUCUACACACUAUUCUUUUCCCUCAGAUAUUAUACAUGUGUGGAACUGCCUUUAUGAGGGGAAAAAUUGCUUAUAAUGUGAAUUCACCCAAUGUGGAAGUUCAAGUUGAUGUGAAGCCACUAAUUCUACCAGAUAGAAAUGUGAACUACUUCUCCCUGCCAUGUUUAGUCUUGUUUACAUAUCAUGAAUAUUUACAUUACUGUAGCUGUUACAAACUGUCCCUGGUACAUAAUGUGUCUCUAAGCUGUACCUGAAGAGCUUCCAUUUACUUCUGAACACUGAGAUUGGCAUUUUGAGUCUUUGCCUUGCUCCUGUUGCACUGUAGUGAAAAUGUUACGAUAUGAGGAACAUCUUUGCACCUGUGUUCAUUCCUCAAUGAAACCAAAGGGUGCUGUUAGCUAUCAGCUAACAAGCUAGCGUGUUGUCAGCAUUUACCCAUUAGAUUUGAUAAGGAACUCCAACAAAGAGCUGGGCACUGUAACUUGGAAAUUGUAUCGUUCCAUUACGUAGCCUGCUGCUAGCUGACAGCUAACAAGCUAGCUUCUUGCCAGCUGUUAGUUAGUUUAAUAUGCUAACAGAGCAAUUUUCUGUUAUCUAAAGCACCACCAACUUGUUCACAACAAUGUUACAUGCACACAACAGAAAGAAAAAGACCAUAUUCAAAAUGUACACAUUCCACUUAAAUUUGGGCUUGGUGUGUCUGGUCUUUUAGUCACAGCCAGAUGCUUUUCUAGAGCUUUCAACAACAUCUCACAUUUGAAGGCUCUGGAAAAAGUUUUUUCUGUCAAACAACUGUUUCCAAGCUCAAGAAUGAGCUUCACGCUCCAAUAGAAUAGCUCAUGCACGCUCAUUCAGAACUAGUGCUGGAUAUUAUUUGGACCUUUUUCAUUAUAGUAGCAACACAAUACCCGAGUCUCGGUACAGAGACUAAACCAUACUUAAGACAAAAGACAAAGUUCUGAAAUAGUUAAAUGUAUGUACAAAUGUAUAUGAGUCUAAAGUAAGUUAAAUGAAAUUUGGUUUUUGAUCAAAGAGUAAGUUACAAUAUUGCAAACCUGUGAACUGUGAUCCUCCAUCUGGUCUUGUGUUUCUGUCCACCUCGCUCUGACCUCAGCUCGUCUGCAGUGUACUGCUAACAGUGGUGAUUCCAGACCAGUACCAUCAUUUAUACUGUCAUCUGAUACCUCCAUUGUGAAAUAGAUAAUUUUUAUUUUUGCUUUGUGUAUCCUGUGAAACCAGUCUUAUGUUUUUGAUAUGUAGUGUAUGUUUUUAAUAUGAUUAUUUAUGCACCAGCAACCACCCAUUCCCGACUCUGUAGAGGAAGUUCAUGCUUUGAUUGCAUUCCACUAGAUGCAGAAUCUACAAACCUUUCAUUCCAAAAUGCUUUUUGAUGUUCAUUACUCAAUAUGUUUUCAUGAUCAGCAAUGUUAGUUGUUAAAAGAUAAAUAUUUAUAGGAUGACAGCUGAAAAAUAUAAACUUAAUUAUUCCUUAGUUUUAAUAUUUAUUUUAUCAAAAUGGUGGAUAUUUUAAUUUGGUAUGAAGCCUUUCAAUUCUGUCUUACUGACAUACUGAGGAUUUAUAGUAAUCAGCCAAAACUGCGUUUGGGGAACUUGUUGGAUUAUUUUCUUUGCCUUCAACUGCCCUUCCUUCCAUGUAGGCAGAAUACUCUGAGCUGUCGUUAAUAAGAUGCAUACGAUGUGUAUACAGUCUGUAUAGUAUCAUGUCUGUUAUAUUUGUCCUUUAAAAAGUGAAGAUGAAGAAGAAAAAGUAAACUUGAUGAGGAAGCAUUUUGAGGAUUGCUUAUAGUUCACACAUACAGCUGAGGAGCGAACAGAUGCUAGUUUAUUUUGAUCAGCGAUCCUCUCUACAUGGUCUGUGCUGUUUACUAGAAUAAACAUUUCAGUUAAAGGAGAA